UUAAGGACCGCACAAAGGGUGAUGGAACGAAAAAUGUUAGGCGUAACGUUAAGAGACAGGAAGAUAGUGGUAUGGAUCAGAGAGGCAAACGGGCAUAGCCGAUAUUCUAGUUGACAUUAAGCGAAAGAAAAUUCAGCUGGGCAGGCCAUGUAAUGCUUAGGGUAGAUUAACUGGUGGACCAUUAGAGUUACAGAAUGAGGGCCAAGGGAAAGGAAGUGCAGUCGAGGACGGCAGAAAACUAGGUGGGGUGAUGAAAUUAGGAAAUCCGCAGGCGCAAGUUGAAAUCGUGUAGCGCAAGACAGGGGUGAUAGAGAUUGACGGGAGAGGCAUUCGUUCUGCAGUGGACAAAAAAACAGUCUGCUACUGCUGCUGCUGCUGCUAAUGAUGAUGAUGAUCACAAGGCACGCCCUCCAAUAUGAAGGCACAACCAAGGCUUCAUUUCUUUCCUUUCCUUAUACCACGUGUUUCACAUAGAGCGUCCGAGAACGCCCAUAUAACCCGAAACACCAUAUCUAUUUAUCUCACAUGAACGCAUUGGUUACCAUAUAAGGACCUCUAUGUUCCCAUAAAUUAUAUGGAAUAAUUCGGUAUGGGAGUUACGAGACAUGAGUUUUUUUUUUUUUUUUUUGCAAGGGGGAUGCGCUACACAUGAGUGGUCUUACUGGGGUCAUUUUAACUAUUUUGACGGGAAUUAUAAAGAUGAAUAAAUGUAUUAGUUAGGUAUACAAUUAUGUAAACUGGAUUAAUCAAUUAACCCGCAGCAGUUACUUGCUUGAUCGCAAUUCAAAGUUCGUGGGUCUCGAGCUGGGCCGGUACGUGAAGCACUAAACUGUCCCCUGAAAAGUACUUUCGCUUUACUGUCUGCUUAGGGAAGGCUCGCGCCUUCCGACAACGAGGCGUGUCCAGGCGCUGCGAAAGGUCGUCAACACGCGCGCGCAGCUAGAGCUUCCUUCAAGCGCCGCCGGCCUUGACUUUGCGAGCAGCGAUCAGAAAACGUCAUCGGCCGCUCAAAGCCAGAGCACAUGAGCCUGUGAUCUUUGAAAGCCUCGCGCGUCACCGAUCUCUCAGCGUGAGCAGCGCCGCACCGCAGUCAACGUAUGUCUGGGUCGCGUGCAUGCCCGCGCGCGCGCGUGUGUGUGAGCGUCCCGUGGUGUGGCCCUCGAGAGAGGUCCGCAGCCGACCGCGAGCCAUCGCCGGCGUCCACAUGCUUCCGGGUGUCUCGUAGAGUCACGUGACGAGCCCUUGUGACGUCAUGCACGUCGGAAGAACCGGUUGUUGCGGCUCCGGGGAGCAAGGCGGCAGCGGCGAGCAGCGGGACAGGCGUCACCACCGGUUUGCCCCCGACGAGGUAGCGCUGUGUGCUCGCUGGUCGACUCGCGCCUCGUCCGACCUGGACGCCGCCGGCAGGGAGCAGCGGAUACCGCUCCUCGAGCACAGCGACGACGACGACAAGGCCGAAGCCAUGGAGCUGGUGUCCUCGGCACCGGACAGUCGCAACUGGCGGGGCAUCGGCAUCGCGCUUCUGGUCAUCGCUGGGGUCUGCGCCCUCAUCGUCACCGCCGUCAUUCUGCUCACUCCCGGAGACAAGGGACCCCGCGUGAAGCAGGCCAGGAUAUCGCUCGAAGAGGUGCUCCAUGGCACUUUCAACCCGCGCAAAUUCAACGGCUCCUGGGUCUCGGACACCGACUUCGUGUACCGGGACGCAGACGGCGCGCUGGUGCUGUACAACGCUCAGAGCAAGGAGAAGAGGACGCUGCUGCACAACACUACAUUCCGACAAUAUGACGUGCGCAAGUAUUCUAUGUCGCCUGAUCUCAACUUCUUGCUACUUGUCCACGACGUUGUGCCCGUGUUCCGAUAUUCGUUCACCGCAAAGUACAAGAUCUAUGAUUUUUCGAACAGAGAGGUGUUUCCGCUGAAGCACAGCUCGAACCAGGAAGAACUACAAUAUGCUGCCUGGGGCCAAACUGGAAACCAGCUGACGUACGUGUUCGAGAACGACCUGUACCUGAUCCCGAGCGUGGGCGACUCGUCCCCCGUGCGGCUCACGGACACGGGCUCGCCUGGUGUCGUGUUCAACGGCGUGGCCGACUGGCUGUACGAGGAGGAGGUUUUGGGCUCGAGCAGUGCGCUCUGGUGGUCGCCCGGCGGAAGCCGCCUCUGCUACGCCACCUUCAACGACACCGGCGUUAGCGCCAUGAUGCUUCCACUGUACGAGGGGCAGUACCCGGCACUGUUGCCACUGCGCUACCCGAAAGCAGGCUCUACCAACCCGGAGGUUGAGCUGCACGUGGUCGCCGUCACUCACGGCGGAGCUGAGCCUGCCAAGCCUGUGCAGCCGCCGCAGGAGCUGCUCGACAAGACCAGCGAGUACUACGUGACAAUGGUGGCGUUCCUGGACGAAAAGGCGUUGCUCGUUAACUUCUUGUCGCGGGCGCAGAACUGGACGCUGGUGUCGGUGUGCCGGGAGGCCGCCUCGGCCUGGCACUGCUCCAAGCAGGCCGUCGAGACGGCCUCGGGUGGCUGGAUCGAGCUCAGCGAGCCGCCGCUCGUGACUCCCCCGCUGCCAGGGGGCCCCGCCUUCUUCCUUCGGCUGCCCGUGCAGGACGCGCACCACGGCAACUUCCGGCACCUGGCUGCCUUCCAGGACAAGCGGCGCAUGUGGCUCACGCACGGCCCGUACGACACCAUCGCCGCGCUCGCGUUCCGGCCCAAGACGCAGCACUUGUUCUACCGAAGCACACGCGAAGGCCGGCCCGGUGAGUCGCAUGUGUAUCAGGUGCCGUUCGACAAAGAGGGCACUCAGUCGGUGUGCCUGACCUGCGACUUGGGCGAUCAGUGCCUCUACAACAACGCCUGGUUCUCUCACGACGCCGAGUUCUACGUGCUCGAGUGUCUCGGCCCGGGCGUGCCCUGGGUGGCACUCUACAGCACGGCUGACAAUAAGCAGCUGGAGAUGCUGGAGUCCAAUGCGGAGCUGAGGGAGCUCGUGGAAAACCGUGCCAUGCCUCAAGUGCGCAACCUUGUCGCCCCCCUACCUGACGGAUACAACGCGUCGGUGCGGCUUCUGCUGCCACCGGGACUGCGUGACGAGGAAGUGCUCAAGUACCCGUUCCUGGUACACGUAUACGGGGGUCCCGGGUCCCAGCAGGUGACGGAGCUGUUCCGCAUCAACUGGGGCCACUACCUGGCCAGCCGCAAGGGUGUCGUCUAUGGCCUCGUUGACGGCCGCGGCUCGGGACUCCAGGGCGACCGGCGGCUGCACCAGGUCUACCGCCGCCUGGGCACCGUCGAAGUCGAAGACCAGCUCAGGGUCGCCAGGCACCUCAAGAACGAGCUGUCGUUCAUCAGCGGCGAGCACACGGCCAUUUGGGGCUGGUCGUAUGGCGGCUACGUAUCGGCUAUGGCGCUGGCCAACGGUGGCCCGGGCAACAACGGCAACGACACGCCGCAUGAAAGCGGCUCGGCUGUCUUCCAGUGCGCCAUCUCGGUGGCACCAGUCAGCAACUGGCUAUACUACGACUCCGCGUACACAGAGCGCUACAUGGGGCUGCCCCGCGACAACCUAGCCGGGUACGAGCGUGCAGACCUCACACGCGCCGCCGCCAGGCUCAAGGGAAAGAAGUUCCUGCUCGUGCACGGCACAGCCGAUGAUAAUGUUCACUUCCAACACUCGAUGAUGCUUGCUAAGGAACUGACCAAGAAAGGGGUUCUUUACAGAACUCAGGUGUACCCGGAUGAAAAGCAUGGCCUGAGCCACGUCACUACGCACCUGUACAAUGCCAUGGAAGAGUUCAUUGACGACUGCUUUGAGGGUUCUGACCACGCUGUGGAAGAGGUUGGUCUGAUGCAAGUGAAGGCCUCGUGAUAGUCCCUAUGCUGCACAGCACCGGGGCGUCUCGUCUCGAGGACCACCCUGACUACUGGCAACAAAAGCAUCACUUUCAAUCAUUGCGUACGCUGGCCAACAGUAGCCAAAGGAAGUGAAACAGAAGCACCCGUUGCUGCACCGGACACCUCUGGCCUCGAAUCGUCAGCAACGCAACCACCGAAUGCCUUGGCGCUCACGCUUCCCCGAUCGGACAACUACAGCACAGAGCUGUCACAGCUGCAACUUUCGCCCUGGCUGCGCAGGGUGACAGUUGACAAAACGCUAGUCAUGCAGCGUCACUUCAGCUGCCGAGCUAACAUGAUGUCCGGCACAAAAAUCACUUUGCUAAGGAUACUCGUUUUUCUGUGCUAGUCUUCUGGUAGAUGUAGCUGGGCAGAAGGAAAAGUCUUAUGGUGCAGCCAACAUGUGCUCCUUGAGUUGUCACAUGCUCUUUCCCGUAUACAUUGCAUGCUGAAUUCUUCUCAACUAUUGAUUGAUGGUACUGGUGCUGCUUAAUGGAAAGAUGUUCUAUAGAAGGACUCCGCAUGGAGGGAUGUUACAGGCUCUGAGAGCCAGCCUUUCAAAAAGACAAAGAAGGUGACAAAGAAUGCGCAGAUAAUGCCAAGCACUGUGUAAUGUUAUGGGAUUAGCAUUAGGCUCAGUCCUCAUAUGCCUGUUGAGCUUGCCAUCGUCACUUCUGUGUGGGUAACACGUUUUGAAAUGAUCAUGAGUGCCCGGUAAUAUUGCUAAUCGUAUGUUGCGUUAACUGGAAAGCCGUUAAGAAACCUAAUUACAGAAUAAAUUUAUGUGCUUAAGCGAAAUUUACCGAGGCAUAAUGAUAUUGGCGUUCAUAUCUAACUGUCUAUUAUCCUAAUUAUAAGGGGAUAAAUAUAACAAUAGUAGGCUAUUUGAAAUUUUAAACCUAGUAUGAGAGCAUAUAGCCAAAAUUAUUUAUUAGGAAACGAAUUACUCAUCUCGCUCGCUUUUGAAGUUCUUCCAAGAUAAUCUUUGUCCGGCCGGAAUUCACUCCUUUAAUUCGCAUCCCUACUAGUUGAUGGCGGCACGCAGUAAGGCCGGCAGGAGACGCCCUGUGCGAAAAACCAAACUGUUCUCUUCAACAUUUGUGUACAUGGACGCUCCCAUUCACACUUGAGAGUCAUAUCUGCACAUUUGCAUCUCUGACAAGUGUUUUCGUUUUCUAUAUGUAAGUGAAAGAUAGAGAUGCAUGCAUAUAAUUAAUCAUUUUUAUCACUAGCAUAGACUUCCAUUAGACCUUCAUGUAUAUAGACAUCACAAACUUAACGACUUGCUCUAUUCUUGAUCAAUUAUAUAGUUUAUGCCCACAUUUAGGAUUUUUCAGCAUUUUACAAGAAGCUUGGCAAGAGAAAUGUACAUAGCGAUUAUCAGUAGCUGAUGUAGAAAGCAAGCCCAACCCUCUAGUUGCCAGACUUUGGCACUUAAAUUACUACUGACCAGUUUCUAAUCAAUUAUCUGUUAGCAUCAGUCUUUCCUUUAUUUUUCUGCCAUAUGUCUUAAAGCAAACAUAUGACGGUGAAACUGUUCACCACUAUUAGCCUCUCUCUUUCCUUGUUCUGUAUCGAGUGACGACUGUUGCUUUCUAUUUCACUUCAUUUUUCGCACUGUAAAGAAACCCACCGCAUGCACUCUACGUAAUGGAGCUAGAGUCCAAAGUGGCAUUUUACGUGUAAGCUUUUGCUUCAAGAACGUGCUCCUAUAUAAAUACACGGGAAAGGAGAAAUCGUUUUCCACGGCAACCACUCCACCGAAUUUGUUGAGGUUUGUUGCAUUUAAAUGCACAAGUUAGAGUCUAGUGGCUGUUGGUUGCGAUUUUUUAUUUAUGUCGUCAAGUUAUUAAAAAUAAUUGGCAAAAAUCGCAAAUUCUAAAACGAAACUAUCAUGUUUAUAACUCUGUAACUCAGAAAUAAAAGUCGAUAUCACAGUUCUAUAAAGCGCACCUAAUAGUACGUUUAAAGCGGACAGAAUUGAUGUAUUACACAUACCUCCCAAAAUACGAGUAAUAUGUGAAUAUAGCUUCCGCAAAACCCUAGUGAACAAUGUAACAAAUUCACGUAAGAUAUAAAUUGAUAUAUCAAAUUUUUCCGCUUUAGAUGAUAUAAAGGAUGCAGCUUGCAGAAAUGCGCUAUCUGUUCUUGGUGCAGAGCUACGAAUUUGUAAACUUCGUGCUAUUUUCUUCGUACUUACGAAUUCAUGAAAAUACAUUUUAAGGAAUUCAGGCCCUAAAUCUAAAUACCGCUUCCAACAGUUACUAUAAUUUAACUUUACCUCUCAAAUGCAACAAAUUUCAUUAGAAUCUCGGAAAAGCGUUUCUGCGUUUUACACGUAUUUAAAUAGGCGGUAUCGGAGUUGGGCCUGAGCUAAAGCUGCCUCUUAAGGUAUAUAUACAUAUAUAUAUAUGUAUAUAUGGGUAAGAGAUAAGAAAAGAAAUUCUGACUAAUGGAUUUUCUACCUACCUGGCGGCAAGGAGACAUUUUAAAACGAGCACUUUCUUUUGUGCAAUCAUUAGUACAAGCACUGUGUUUAUUACAUUAGUCAUAGUUUACAACUGCAUAUGUUUUCGGAAAACCGCAGCUGAAAUCUAAACGAUAACCUUGACGUAAUUACAUAAUUUUUGAAAAAAAGUUUGUUAAAAAGCAUGGACGUGCGGAAUAUUCAAUGCAGUGUUCCAGUAUUCAUUCAGUAAAGGCUAGCACUUACCUGUAAGUUAGAUCACUUAAACGUCAGGUUGAAUGCUGUUUUGCAACUGGCUGGUAUUCUUAAGAAGCCUUAGUUUUGAUAUUUGUUAGCUCCCUCUAUAGAUGGUGUGUCAUUUUUUCCUGCCAGCUUUUAUCCUCUCCACAUAGGAUUGAAAAUGCUUGCUGCUUUUUUAAUGUACAAAUCACAUUUUUGCAAGCGCAUAUUUCGUCCGACCUUAUAUUCAAAUGAAUUAGCAUUUUGUGCUGGUUUUUGUUUGCCUCUGCCGACCAUGGGCGUUGUUAUAUUCUGUAAUUUCGUGUUCUUGACGUACAACCACCAUUUUAUUUAGCCAUGCCUAAAUCAUCAAUUCUUGUGCACGCCACUAAUGCGGCUACGUUCCACGAAUUACCUCAAAACUACCGCCAGCCCCAUUGACUUCAUCUAAUCGGCAAGAUGUGCAUGGCCAAAAGUAAGAAAGUGCACACACGAGAUGACGCAUCGAGUAUCUACCCGCACUGUUCUCUGUUCUGAUCAUUUGUUAAGGAUGUUAGAAUGGGCUACUGACAGUAUAACGCUACCCAACCUAAGAAAGGCAAAUGCCGCGUUAAACUUGGCCGCAGAUGGACGAUCAUACGAGUGCACUUCGUGCGGUUAUUGCGUGCUUUAGUGCGCCUCGUGCAACGCAGCCAUUUCAUUCAGUGCCAGAGCAACUGUGAUGUGGAAGCAAUUGCUGAUAUAUGUGAUACAUUACUCUUCUUUCUCUCUUGACUUUUUAUUUUCUAGGAUAUAUUUAAUGUGUACAUACCACAUAGCCUCUCACUAGAAGACCAUACGACACGAUUGACAGCCAGUUAUUUCGUCGACAUCUAUGCAGCAGUAGUGUGUACAACAAUUUUCAGCACACGCUGUCGAUAUGGGGGAAGCUCUCGUCUGCAAGGAACUGGCGGGCCAAAUCCUUUCUCUUACCCUUCCCGAAGGUCAAGCACGCCCUCCCCCAUAGCCGCUUGCCCUUCACGUUUUUCACUUGCCAGGACUAAGCCCCGUUUAUUUCGCGCAGGAAAAGCAAGUCAGGAAGCAAGGGUUGCCUGCGAGCGUAGGCCUUUUGUUGACGCUUUCCUAGAAUGCUCCCCUUUCGAGUGCCGCGGUCCAUGCUUAGCGCGAAACCCGCCCCCCUUCCCUCCGCCCCCGGCUCCGCUCCCAUCGCAGAAGCUGUUCCGCGCACCAUCUGCGGCCAUAGCCACUUGUUUCCUCCUUUUCUAAUAAUAUCGCUGGCGUCGUGGCAUCGUCGCUUAGCGUCCUUAUUACUGAUAGCGGCCGAAACCUUCCACUGUCGAGCUAGCAGUCCCCUCUCCGGGGCUCUGACCUAGGGUGCCUAGGGCAGCAGAUGUAUACAGCAGUUAUGUACAUAGAACCUCUUUGAGGCUUGCGGUCUAGCGCCCCAAUGUUUUCACUUGCCAGGCUGUUAUCGCGUACAGUCGGGCCCGUGCGAAAAAUCAUCCUCACGAAAUACUCUUGGUAUGGACCCUGUAGGUAAGGCCUUGCUCUCGAGGUUUCAUAGACCCUAAGGUGCUUUCCGCUGAUGAUGAUACUCCGGUCCGACAUAUAGUGCUCAACGGGCCCAGGGUGCUGUCGACGCGCUCUGCAGGCAAGAAUAUGUGCCGGCCGCCAUGUCAGAGAAAGACGGCAGGACUGAACGAGCUUGACAACGGCUGUGAAGUCACUGUGCGCACUUUGUCGCUGCUGCCAUCUGCAUAUCUCACACCUUAUGCGUGCGGCGCAAGAAUCAGUGAAAAUGAGUAGAACUAAAAAAACGCACUUGUUAUUUGAUGCUUUGCAAUACUAUCCUUAAAAAGUAUAUAUAAAUAUAAAAAAAACUCACAAAAGAAUUCUGUGCGAUUAUAAACAAGCGAGGUUGUAGCUUUGUUAUAGGUUGUCAUAAACAAACGUUUAUCCUCAGGACUUGCCCUCCUGUGGAAUCUUCUCAAGGCUACAUUCUUUAGAAUCAUGUUAUAAGCCUUCUCCAGUAUACACUUUUCACUAAUCCGAUAUUCCAUAGGCAUAAUACCUUCCAUAGUUUUUUGCAGGACAUGCUGCAAUCUUCUGUUCAAUGGCAGCGCGUAGUUGAAACGGCUAGAACGCUGAAUAUAGAUACUAAGCAUCCCAGACUAAAGGUACAGUGGCAGCAUGGGUGGCUCUGUUAUAUUCGGCCACCGCGUGCUUUUCCGGAAAGAACCCUUGCACGACACUCAGCAUCAUUGUUGAGAGCAUGAAAUAAAGACACCUGGUUGAAAA